AUGAAUUUGUUUCGGGUCAGAUUGAAUUGUAUCGAUCAUUACCUGGCGACGCCAACCCGUUACGAUCCUCAGCUUCGAAAUGACGUUCGUGCAUCGCAGGUAGUCAAAGGCCCCAAGGUUCCUGUCGUACGGAUAUUUGGGUCUACAGAAACCGGACAAAAGGUCUGCGCACAUGUGCAUGGCGCGUUUCCUUAUUUAUACGUGGAAUACGAUGGCGACUUGGCGCCCGAUGAGGUUGGAGCAUACAUCUAUCGACUUCAUCUCUCGAUCGAUCAUGCCCUAGCUGUCAGCUACAGAAGAGAUCAGUAUGGAGAAAACUCCAAGUUUGUCGCACGGAUCACCCUGGUAAAGGGCAUCCCGUUCUACGGCUUUCAUGUCGGCUACCGGUUUUUCCUCAAAAUAUACAUGUUCAACCCAAUAGUCAUGACGAGGCUGGCGGACUUACUGCAGCAGGGAGUAAUUAUGAAACGGAAAUUCCAGCCUUACGAAGCUCACUUGCAAUACCUACUGCAGUUCAUGGUUGAUUACAACCUGUAUGGGUGUGAUUACCUGGAAUCAUCCAAGAUCGCGUUUCGGUCCCCCGUCCCCGAGUACGACGCUGGGUCCAACUCCUCGCAUCUAUGGCAUAGUCAAUCUGUGCUUCCUCAAAAUAUCACUGACGAACCUUCCUUGCCACGAGUUAGCCAUUGCUCCAUUGAAGUAGAUAUUUGUGUGCAACACAUCUCCAAUCGCCAGGCAGUCAAGGAGAGACAGCUCCAUCAUGACUUCGUUGAGCGAAAUUCUCCCAUACCAGCAGAUUCGAAGCUUGUGCACAGCAUGGCCGGGCUCUGGAGAGAUGAGACUAAACGGCGGCAACGUCGAAUGCCGCGUGACAAGCAAGGCCACAGCCCCUUCACCCCUGAUGUUCUGGUCAGCAUGUCCGCCGAUGCUAGACAGUCCCAACCACAAGGCUGGAUUCACGAGGAAGAGUACUCGAACCAAAUUAAGGAGUUGAUCAACGCAGAUCUUGCUGGGCUCGACAACCAGCAGCCAAAAUUUGAUGAUUUCGUGCAACGAGCGGACCUGAACGACGAGGUGCCCACAGCUCUGCAAUCGGUUGAAGAUUUAUUCCCAAACAAACUUAUACCUGCUCUGGGUCUUCCCUCAAACAUGUCGCAGUCGACGCAGGCGCCGCCUGCAAGCAGUAUUGAGGUGGACGAGAAGAUCCUCCAAGAACUCAGCCCUGGAGAUGAAUUUUUCCCGGAUGAUUCGGAUGAAGAGAGGCUUAGAAAGUUGACUCAAGCAGAGAGUAGUGCUGAGGAUGACAUUGGGCAGGAUUCUGCAGCCACCGUAACAGAACAUAUUCUAGCCCAUAGUGCAGGCUUGUCGACGAAGAUUAAGGCACUGCCGCCACCAUCACAUCUCAUGCCCGGCUUAUGUCUCAGCGUACUUACAACCGGCUCACUUCCCGUCGUCGCCGUAUCACAGGAGCUCCUUGAUGCUGCCGAGGAUGAAGGACUAGUUGGCAGAGUUCCAAAAUCCAAUGCUUCGCAACCUGGAAAACUCGUUCCUCGCAAACGUUAUGGGCCAACGGUGUCACCCAUAAGCAGCCCGCGAAAGCGACCAAGAGCCUCCAGUGCCAUAUCAACAUCGACCUUUCAGUUGUCUCCCUCUAAGCCGAGCGAUUCGAAAAUGGCAAAUCGACGCCACGAUGCUUUUUCAUCUCCCGAUGGUGGGCCUAGCCAACUCAGCAGGGGCCCCAUCGUCGCGUCAAAUCACACGCUGAAUUACGCUUUUAUUAAAGAACGGAGGGAUCAAAGUUCGAAAGUGCGACUCAGCCAGCUCAGCCAGCAAUCGCCUAUUACGCAAAGUGAUGGCGGCAAAGUGACAACAUCCAUGACCUGUCGUCAGAUUGUUGAUGAUCUACCGGUGAAGAUAGGCAGCUCCCAGCUCGAUGGGUUUGCACCUGUCUGCUCGUCCAGCCUUUGUGAGCAUGAGGAUGAAAGGAUCGAAAUACAACGGGCCAUGGCAAAGGUAGCUGGUGGCAGAUUCAUGAUAUACUCACACAUGCCACCAACUGCUAGUCAGUUGGCCCUUUUGAAAGAUCCUGAGCUGCCCGAUGUUGUCUAUCAAGAUGCCUUUUACAGUAAAGAGUCGGAUGUUCCAGAGCGCAGUCGUGAAUAUGCCGGUCGAGAGUAUCGAUUAGAGAGCAACACUCUACCAUUUCUUCCUGAUUUCGACGCCAGCGGCUUCUCCUCUGCCAGCUAUGGGAUCAAAACAGAUAACUGUCAAAUGCAACAAGUUCUCGAACAGGAACAGACAAUACAGCGUCAUCACUGCACUUGGCGAAGCUGGGAGUACGCCCAACCACCCCCGUCUCACCAGGAAGUAGUUGAUUGGCUCAGUGCGAAGAAGCAGCAGAAAGAAGAGGGCAAGAAAUCGUCUCGGCAUGUAUCCUCCUCAUCAAGGGCUUGGCUGUCGCAGAUCGACGGCCCUACACAGAAAAAUAAGCAUGGAUUCAAGUAUACACAAAUGGGCAAGUCAACAAGUGUGGAGCACGAAGUUCAAUACAUGAGUACCAUGAGUCUGGAAAUUCACGUCAAUACUAGAGGGAAGUACGUCCCCAACCCCGAGGAGGAUGAAGUUCAGUGCAUCUUCUGGGCUUGCAAGUCUGAUGAGGUGACGCGAAUCAGCCAAAACUUGUCGGGUGCGGUCCACACAGGGAUAGUGGUGCAAUCGAGAGACGGAAAGGAGAGCCAGGCCAUGCGGAAGUCGACGGGAUCCGACAUCAUUGAGGAGAGCUCUGAAUUGGACUUGAUUGUCCGCAUGGUCGAGAUUGUAAGAACAUUUGAUCCUGACGUAUUGACCGGAUACGAGGUUCAUGGCAGCUCAUGGGGUUAUUUAAUCGAGCGCGCGCGGUGCAAGUACGAUUAUAAUCUGUGUGACGAGUUUUCCAGGAUGAAAAGCGAUUCACAUGGACGAUUUGGCAAGCAGAGCGACCGAUGGGGCUUCAACACAACAUCGACGAUUCGCGUCACCGGUCGACACAUGAUCAACAUCUGGAGGGCCAUGCGUGGUGAGCUGAAUCUUCUCCAAUACACCCUCGAAAACGUGGCCUGGCAUCUCCUACAUCGUCGUGUACCUCAUUACCCCUGGGGAGCGUUGACAGCCUGGUACAAGAGCGGCAAGCCCGGUCAUCUUGGCAGAGUCGUCAGGUAUUACCAGACGCGGACAAUGAUGGACCUCCAAAUCCUGGAAUCCAACGAACUGAUUCCCAGGACCAGCGAACAGGCUCGACUUCUUGGUGUAGACUUCUUCUCUGUGUUUUCACGAGGGUCACAGUUCAAGGUAGAAUCCAUCAUGUUUCGAAUUGCGAAACCCGAAAAUUUCAUCCUGGUCUCUCCGAGUCGAAAGCAGGUCGGCAGCCAAAACGCACUGGAGUGUCUGCCCCUGGUCAUGGAGCCGCAAAGUGCCUUUUACAGCAGCCCGCUCCUGGUCCUGGACUUUCAGAGCUUGUACCCGAGUGUCAUGAUUGCCUACAAUUACUGCUACUCGACUUUUCUGGGGCGAAUCACCAACUGGCGUGACGUGAACAAGAUGGGGUUCGCCGAGUACAAACGACAACAAGGCCUGCUUGGCCUGCUGAGGGACCACAUCACCAUUGCGCCAAACGGCAUGAUGUAUGCCAAGACCGAGAUUCGCAAGUCUCUCCUCGCCAAGAUGUUGACAGAGAUACUGGAAACAAGAGUCAUGGUCAAGAGCGGCAUGAAGAACGACAAGGACGACAAGGUGCUGCAACAGCUGCUGAAUAAUCGCCAACUGGCGCUGAAGCUGCUGGCCAACGUCACGUACGGAUACACGUCUGCCUCCUUCUCGGGGCGCAUGCCCUGCUCCGAAAUAGCAGACAGCAUCGUCCAAACGGGCCGAGAGACGCUGGAGCGUGCCACGGCAUACAUCCACUCGGUAGAGCGAUGGGGGGCGGAGGUCGUCUACGGCGACACGGACAGUCUGUUCGUUUACUUGAAGGGCAGGACAAUAGACCAAGCCUUUGACAUUGGCAGCGAGAUCGCAAAGGCGAUAACGGACACGAACCCACAGCCCGUCAAGCUGAAAUUCGAAAAGGUCUACCACCCCUGCGUGCUGCUGGCCAAGAAGCGCUACGUCGGAUACAAAUACGAGACCAAGGACCAAGUCACACCCGAGUUCGACGCCAAGGGCAUCGAGACUGUCCGCCGAGAUGGCACCCCCGCCGAGCAAAAGAUUGAAGAAAAGGCACUGAAGAUGCUUUUUGAGACUGCGGAUCUGAGCCAGAUCAAGGAGUACUUCCAGAAGCAGUGCGACAAGAUCCUGCGCGGAGCAGUGUCUGUCCAGGACUUCUGCUUCGCAAGGGAAGUCCGCCUGGGGACGUAUUCCGACCGGGGGCCGCCGCCGGCCGGCGCUCUCAUCAGCACCCGGAAAAUGCUCGAGGACGCCAGGGCCGAGCCUCAAUACGGCGAGAGGGUACCGUACGUGGUCAUCACGGGAGCCCCGGGAGCCCGUCUCAUCGACCGAAGCGUGGCCCCCGAGGACCUGCUGGCCAAUCCCCACUGGCAACUCGACGCGGAAUACUACAUCUCCAAGAAUCUCAUCCCUCCGCUGGAGCGCAUCUUCAACCUCGUCGGCGCCAAUGUGCGGCAGUGGUACGACGAGAUGCCCAAGGUCCAGCGUGUGCACAGGGCGCCAAGUGAGCCGGGGGCCAAGAAAACGACACUCGAGUCGUACAUGCGCUCUACGCACUGUCUCGUCUGCAGCGCAAAGUUUGCCGAGGAGGGCCAGACUCUCUGUCCCACGUGCCGUGGCAACGCGCCCGCGUCGCUAUUCACACUCCAGACGAGAUUGGCUGGCGAGGAACGCAGUUACGAGGACUUGCUGGGCGUUUGCCGCACUUGCUCCGGGCUGAGCCCCCUCGAGGAUGUUCGCUGCGAUAGCAAGGACUGCCCCGUGUUUUGGACCAGGACGAAGCAGAGGACAAAGGUAGCGGGAACGAGGGCAACCGUUGGACCCGUCAUACGGGCCCUGGCCGAAGGCAAGAUCGGGCUGUCGGCAUUGGAGUGGUGA